AUGUCCGACGAAGUUUCGCAAUUCCUCGAGCAGGUCGAGCGCCUCCGCGGCCAGCAGAUUGAGGACGACGAGGCUCGAGCCCGUGAGAGGGAGGAGUUUCUGGCUGCGAAGCGAGAGCGUCAGGCACGAAGAGAAGAACGCGCCAGAUCCAUCUCCCCUCAGAAAUCGUCCCCGGCAAACACACCGUCGCCGCGCUCAAGUCGCCAGAGUGUGCACGUUUCCGAUGCUACGAGACUAGAUUCGCCUAGCAGGACAUUCGACGACCGCGAAACAUCUGCCUCUCCGUCCGUGGAACCAGAAGACUCAAUGACCUCACCAGGCCUUCCCGCCAAGGAGAACGAUGCGUCUGUCGAGAGGUCUGGGAGCUCAACGCCUCCUGCGAGAACACCUACACUGUCGUGGCAGAGACGACCCGCUUCCCGAGGUGGUUCCCGGCCGCUGAGCAUGGUCGCGGCUCAGAAUGCGACCCAGAGGUCUUUGGCUGGGUCGCAGGAGCCGGCAUCUGCCACUGAGGAAAGCUUCUCCAAGGACCAGAUUGCCAAAGCUCUAGGGUCAAAAGAUCCUGCGUGGUUUCGACAAACGGCUGAUCGAGGCCAGAACUCCGCUGCGUACAGACGCAACCAGGUUGAAGAUGAGGACCGGCUAGAUAUGUCGUCAGUCAAGGCACAGCUUCCCGGUAUGUCUCUUGCUAGUGCAGUUUCAGGCUCAAGGGGUGCUCCCUCUCCACAGCCAAGUCCAGAACUGCCUAGCCACUCGAGGCUUGCUUCGCCAGUCACUUUCAACCCUCCCCGUCUCGACGGCGCAUCCGACGAGAAGCAGCAAGUUCAAGAGGCCACCGCGCCUGUAUCUGGAAGAGCGUCCCCAACACGAUCUCCAUCACCGACCAAGGGAUUGGGCGGUUUCGUCCAAAGCGCAAUGAUGAAGCGCAGCGAUAGUGUCAAACGGUGGAGUGUUACCAGCCCUCCGGGUUUGACACGGGCGGACUCAGUUGCUGCAACCAGAGGAACAUAUGAUAGAUCGUCGGUGCACAUGGGAUCAAGGCCGCAAAGCACCGUUCGAGGUGGCUCAACAACGCCGACUUCAAGUAGGCCGACGUCGCAACAUGGUGAAAAAGCGAGCGACUCCGGGGAUGUCUCCCAAUCGUCAGGCCAGAUCUCAAUAGACACUAGCAAAGCCAUGGCGAAGGACGAAGAUGCCGGCAUUCCCAUUAGCCCAUCUAAAACUAUGGACCCUAGACGCUGGAGUCCUACUAAAUCGAGUUGGCUUGAGAAUGCCUUGAACAGACCCGAAUCGCCAAAACCGCCCCCCAAACCAUCGCAACCCACAUGGAGAAACAAUGCCAAUGCCGAGCCAAGUCGCCCAACAUCUGUCUCACACAAGCACCAGGUUAGUAUUGGGGGGCUCAUGAGGCAAUCAGCGCUGGGAAAUGUAGCCAAAUCAAACCCUACUGGUCUGGGGGGCAUUUACUCACCGCCUCCAAAUGCAAAUCGACCUGCAUAUGGACAUGGUUCAAAACCUAGCAUCUCCCAGAAACCAUCCGACCCAGAGCUGGCCAAACUCGACACCGAACCAGCCAAGGUCGACGAAAAGGUCGACGAAAAGGUCGACGAAAAGGUCGACGAAAUGGAAGAGAAGUCGCCAGAGGCAACCACUGCGAAACGCACACCCGUGACAAGCCCUCCGCCUCUUAAACCCAAACCGCAAACAACGCCGACUACGGACUUCAGAUCAAACUUGAGGCAGCGUCCUGCGGACAAGGACACAUCUAACGCGGGCGAGCCGGAGUUCAAAAGUGUGUUUGGCACUCUGCGCAAGACCAAAACACAGAAUUAUGUCGCUCCUGAUGAAUUGAAGAGUAACAUUCUUCGUGGCAAGGCCGCUCUCAACAUCACAGAUGGUCCGAAGAAAAGCGAAAGAAGGGAUGAGUUCAAGGACGCAAUUUUGAAGAAGAGGUCAGACUUCAAAGCAGCCCAGUCUGAGGGUCGUGGCGUCACAAGAACAUCCAGCACUGCUGCUGAAAAGCCAGUGCCCGAGGGUCUGGCCAAGAGGGCAGAACUAGGAAGGUCUGUGGCAGCAAUGGCCAAAAAGAGCACCAUUUCAGAAACACCAGCCGACAUUCCAGCCAAAAAGGCGGAUUCACCAAAGCCUACUCCUGGUCCCAAAAGAGUCGCGAGCGGAUCAGCCUUCUCCCCAAGAUCUCCUAAUACGACGCAGCCUCCCGUCAGAAGCCCAACUGGCGAAAAGUUGAGGCGGGUUUCCACGGAGCCGGAGGCGGCCAAGACCAAGCCUGAGCCGCGACCGACGCCUACCUUGCAAAAAGAGACGAGUGCGCCGUCCAAGCUGGCGGGAGCGCAAGGUCGGGCUGGGGGCGGCAAGUUGGCAGAUCGAUUUAACCCAGGUCUGGCAGGCAUGCUAGCAAGGGGACCGCCCCCUAUGUCCACAAACGGGGGCAGAAGCUCUGAUGAGGCUGCCGGAGGCGGCAAGUCAGGUUCUGGCGAUGCUGCUGAACCAUCUGCCCCUGGGCCUCAGCUUACACAUAUGACCAAGGGUCGAGCCCGGGGUCCAAAGAGAAAGGCUCCAACAGCCGCUGCAGCAUCUACCCCAAGCCAAGCAGCACCACAAUCGGCAGCUGUUCAAGCGGAAGCCUCAAAAGAAAACAGAGCACCUGAGCGUGAACCUCAAAUUACCCAAGCAAUUUCAAAGAACGAACCGACCAAACCGGCACCACGUAAUGAGAAGCCAGCAACUCUAUCAAUUCAACAGCAGGUGGCUGCCAAGGCCGCUAUGCGCGAGUUGCCCUCGCCAUCUCCAGCGGCCAAGCCUUUUGAGCCGGUAAAGUCACCAGGGCCAGCAACUCGGCCAUUGUCUCGCGGACGACCACUCCCGCUUGGACCCAGGGCAUCAACCCCCUCAUCACCAUCAAAGGAGAGCGAACAACAGCCUGAAGAGAAUGACGUCCCUGCCUCGCCACCGAAGAAGUUGGACAUGAAGCGAAUGUCUCGGUUCUUGGACGAAAGCUCGUCGUCUAACAACGUUCCGCAAGACUCAACACCAGAACCAGCCAGGCUGCGGCAUCAGCGGACUGGGUCGCGAUCACCAACCAAGCUCGCAGAACCACCAUCUCCGACUAAGAGUGACCGAGAUUCUCUUCCGUCGAUGCGAGACGCCUCUCCCCGGUUCGGGGUUCGAUCUCCCCCAAUGUCGAAGCCAUCGUUUGAUGACCCAGGUACUCUAGGUGGCGGGCAGAGCAGGAGAGUGAGACCGCUCUCGGGUCUAAGUGGUGACGGUCUCCAAUCACCUAUCGCCAUUGCAUCUCCAGCCCGCUCGCCUACAAAGCAAGUCGACGAGGUGUCUGCUUUGCUAACCGACUUCUUUGGCCCGCCACAGGCGAGACAAGCAAUUAAAGUAGACCCGGCACAGAUUUUGAUGAACCGCCCAGUGACUGCUGAUAAGGUUACAAGUCUUGGGCUUCAGAUGUUUCAGAUUCUCGGAGACGGCAAAAAGUUACCAGUGUCUCCUCAGAAUGAGCGAGUCUUGUUUGACCAGGAGAUGUAUGUAUGUGCGCACAAUUUCAUCAACAACUCCGGAAAGAAAUUAUUUGAGGUGUACUUUUGGGUCGGCGACGAGGUUCCCGAGUCGUCAGCUGAAGAUGCGCAGCUCUUUGUGCAACGCGAAGCUCGCUCACUUGGAGGCAAACUUGUCAAACUGCGGCAAGGGAAAGAAACAGCCGAGUUUGUGCAAGCUCUCGGCGGCGUGAUUAUUGUGAGACGCGGCUCGAGCAACAAGUACGACUCAUUGGCUCCCAACAUGCUCUGUGGCAGACGAUACCUGGGGCAAGUUGCCUUUGACCAAGUAGAUUUCACGCCGUCCAGCCUGUGCGCUGGAUUCACGUAUCUCAUUACGAAGGGAGGAAAUUGCUACAUGUGGAACGGCAAGGGAAGUGACGUUGCGGAAGUGAGCUGCGCAAGGCUGGUAGGCAUGGACUUGACCCUGACUGGGGAAUUGAUUGAGUACGAGGACAGCAACGAGCCAGCAUCCUUCUGGGACCUGUUUGAAGAGAAGGGCUCGAAGCCGCACUCUGCAGAUCACUGGCGACUGAAGCCGAGUUACGAAAAGUACUGUAGCCGACUCUUCUGUUCGGAUGCAGACUCGCGCCAACAGAUCUUUGAACUGUCCCCCUUCAAUCAGUCGGACCUCCAUCCAUCAAGCAUCUACAUCCUCGAUGCCUUUUUCGAGAUUUACAUCAUUGUCGGAUCCCGCGCCAACACGCAGUACGCAUCCUUUCGCAACGCCCUCGAUUUCGCACAGGAAUAUGCCAUCUUGGCAUCCGGCAUGGAAGACCGGCCGUUUGUGCCCGUGUCGACGGUCGUCUUGGAAGGCAUACCGAGGGAUCUGAAGCGCGUGUUUAGAAAGUGGGAUGAUGAGAAGAGCCCGACGGUGACGAAUGCGGUGGCGGGGUUGAAGAGGGGGAGGAGUUUGAGGGUGGUUACGCUUACGCAGGCUUUACAGGCGUUGAAUGAGUAA